CUCUUUUUAUUGCUGCAAAACCUUGUUUGCCACGGAUAAGGAAAGAGACGAGCUUCAGGAUUAUGUCGGAAAGGACCAACAACAGGAGACAACUUGAGAAGACAUUGCCACUGUCUACUGCUCAUCAGCUCAGGAGAGACAUAAAAAGCAACAAACUCCUUAUUAUAGCCAAGGUUGCGCAAACACAAUAUCUCUGGGUUCAAGACCCAUGUCAGUUCAGUUCAUGAAGUUCAUUCAUGAAUGAAUGAAGUUUUUUGUUGUUAAUUUUAGCACAUUAUUUUCUUGACCACGAUUUAACUGUUUGUCACUCAACCAAGAUGAAGCGUUCUACAAGCCAGAUGAUUGCAUUAGUGGGAGUUGGACUUUCCCUUGUGCAGUUUACACUGUCUUAUAGUUACAGAAAUUGCAUCGAGGACCCAAACUCAUCCCGUCAAAACUUCAGUUGCACCCGACGCUGGGUGGGGAACAUCUUUGAGGACAUUGUAGUUGACAUUCCCCCCUCUGCCACCACACUAACAAUCUCCUACAACAAAUUUAAAAACAUACCUGACAACACCUUUGCUCACCUUCCUAACCUCACAACCCUCGAGAUAAAUGACAACUACCAAUUAAGUACCAUUGGCGAGCAGGCCUUUCACAACCUGGAUCAUCUUCAAAGCCUUAACCUAUCCUGUAACGAUCUGUCACAGCUCAACAGUUUAGUGUUUCAAAAUCUUUCUAAUCUCACUUUUCUCUCCCUGUCUAAUAACAAACUAAAGGGGCUUAAAAAAAACAUAUUCUCUCGAUUGACCAAUUUGGACACACUAAUAUUAAGGAAAAACCAUCUGUCCAAUUUCUCAGAAGUUGCUGAAUCUGUGACUCACCUGCAUAAAUUAAAGAAACUUGACCUGUGCUUUAAUGAACUAACGUCUAUAAGGCAUUCUACAGUCACAAGUUUACCCAAGAGCCUCACAACCCUAUAUCUCUGUAGGAACCAACUAUACACAUUAUCUUGUGCAAAGACAUUCCUUGGAAACAUCAACCUGUUGGAUCUUUCCUAUAAUGAACAGCUCAAAUCUACAGCUUUUAAAAAUGUGGAUCUUAGGCAUAUUAAUUAUCUGCGUUUACGUUCAACUAAUGUCACAAUUAUGAACCUGUUGAAAGUCAGUAAUGUCAGAGCAAAUCAAAUAGACUUUUCUGGUACAGGCUUGAGCAGCAAUUCACAGCUGGAGGAAUUCUGUAAGCUGUUAAGAAGUAAGGUCAAACAUGUCAAGAAGAUGAUGCUUGGAAACAAUGGGAUCAGGACUUUGUGGGAAAACACGUUGUCCAGCUGUCCACCAAUUACCAUUACCUUGGACCUUUCCAGUAACUGCCUGAGGAAUAUAAGCUGUCUGAAAUUUCUUAAAGGACAGGACCAAAUACAGAGCUUCAGUGUUGAACAUAACCAUCUCACUACCCUAAGGUCGUGCAAACGAAUGCACCCCUCUCUAAAAAAUAUGAAAGAAAUAAGCUAUCGAUACAAUCGCAUACUGAAGGUAAAUGACUUUGCUUUUCACCAAACCCCAAAUAUAAAGACUUUAGAGCUCAACAUAAACACAAUUGCCUAUCUUGACCGUAAGGCUCUAAAGGGGCUGAAAACCCUUGAAACACUUCGUUUGGACAACAACCUCUUAACAGAUCUGUUUAAUGACACCUUUGAAGAUCUGCUUAGCCUACAAACUCUGAAUCUUCGUAACAACCGCAUAGCUGUUAUUUUUGACAGAACGUUUUUUUCCCUGACAAACCUCACAACCUUAGAUCUUGGGGGGAACAAAAUCAGUCAGUUUCAGAAGUUGGCCCUAGAAGGACUCAAAAGUCUGAAAAAACUCUACCUGGAUGGCAAUAAUUUAAAGCAGAUAGACAGCACUCAAUUCAGAGCGUUUCAAGACACACUUCAAGUGCUCGACCUACAAAGGAAUCUGAUUAGAUACCUCUCUGAAUGUGUUCAUUCUCCAUUUGUGAACUUAACCAAGCUCCGGGAUCUGAAACUGGAUGGUCAGAUGCCCUAUGGCAUCACCUUGUUACCUCAUGCUUUCUUUCGUGGCCUGAGUUCCCUGACGGCCCUCUACCUUACUAAUAAUCAUAUCAACAACUUUGCAACAGAUGCUUUCGAUGAUCUGACAGGCUUAAAUUUCCUCACGUUGGACAACUCUUGUGCAGGGGUGGUGCUGCUGCAACCAGGCGUCUUCAAAAACCUGCGUAACUUGCGCAAGCUGAUAGCCGAGAACAUGGGCAUCCAGAACUUUUCCAAAGAGGUUUUUGGGAAUUUGACAUCUUUGCAGGUCUUGCAGCUCAACCAUAACGUGAUGCCGACCUUAGACGUGGAUGUACUGGAGGCACUGCCAAAGCUGCGAUACCUGGACAUACGUAACAUCCCUUUCAGCUGUACCUGCCCCAACAAUAACCUGCAGAACUGGACAGUACAAAAUACACAAGUUCAGAUAGUUUACCUCUACAAUUUGACCUGCCCAGAAGAGACAAAUAUCCACUUUGUCAACUUUGACACCAAGGUUUGCUUCAUUGACCUCGGGCAGUAUCUCUUCAUGAGCACGUACAUUGUGAUUAUUCUAACAAUGCUCAUCCCUAUCCUUUACACCAAGCUGUAUUGGAAAAUGAAGUACAGCUACUAUGUGUUCAGGUCCUGGUUUAGCGAAAGCUGGCGCCGACUAAGGGAGGAAGAGGAAGUGUAUGAAUAUGAUGCAUUCAUCUCUUAUAACUCUGCAGAUGAGUCAUGGGUGCUGGAACAUCUGCUGCCGAAUUUGGAGGGGAACGGGUCCAAUUUUAAACUGUGUCUGCAUCACCGUGACUUUGAGCUGGGUCGUUAUAUCGUCGACAACAUUGUCUCUGCUGUAUACGGCAGUCGCAAGACUAUCUGUGUGGUCAGCAAGGACUUCCUUCGCAGUGAGUGGUGCUCACUAGAGAUCCAGCUGGCUAGUUACAGGCUGUUCCAUGACCUUCGAGAUGUCCUCCUUCUGGUAUUCCUCGAGCCCAUCCCUGAAAGACAGCUGUCUGCCUACCACCGCAUGAGAAAGGUCAUGCUGAAGAAAACCUACCUUCAGUGGCCUGAGGCAGACUGCAGUGACCCAGUGCAAGCCCAGGAGCUGUUCUGGAACCAUCUGAGGAGAGCUCUCAGUACUGGGAGUAGCAGGGUUGAGGAACUGGGGGAGAAGUGGAGAGAGGAUAAGAAUGCCACGUAACACAGUGAGAAUUAUGAAGAAAAUGAAACCAUGGAUGAUGAAAGACAACACCUGCUGCCUUGAUGGAGCACCUGUUUUCGGUCCCUAAGGACUUGAUCAGCACAGCAACAACCUAAAAUGUGACCCUAAGGCAUUAUAGUCACAAUAUUAACCAUUUACAAAUGAGCUUGUAAUCAAUGUAAUUUACUCCCUUGGCAAUGACAGAAAAGAAAGAUCAAAGAUGAUGUAUUUCACUCGUUUUAUUACAGAUGAUAUACAUGUGCUAAGUGUGUCUGGUAAUCUGAGUAAUUCCAGUAGGUUCAGGAGGCAAAAAAGACAGGCAUUGAAUGCUUUAAAGUUUCCUUUGAAUUCACAUGCAUUUAAGCUCAGCGACAAAAAAAUGCCUGACCCACUAUUACUACUUAAAAUGUACAUUUCCUCUUCUCUCCACAACGUAAAACUCACACUUUUUUUCUUUAACAUGUUUCUAUGACAUUAAAACAAUAUUCUGAUACUAAAUAUAGUCAUAAUUGUGUUUUCAAUGUCGACUGUUGUUUACUACAUAUUACAAAGAUGAAAAAUACUUUGGCCUUCAAAUCAUCUCUGCAUACUUCAUCACAUGAACACAGGGUGUAUUGUUAUCUGUAAACAAUAAGUUUUGAUGGUAUAUUCCCUCACAAUAUAAAAUGGUUUAGGCACUGGGCACAGGUUUGUCUGUGGGUGGGUCUAGUGGAUGUGGAAUCAGUACAGUCUCAUUGGGGGAAAGGACCAUUUUUCUGGACUGGGGAAGGCUGGCAGGAAGGCCCUGGAAGGGGACAGGCCUCUCUCCAGCAUGUGGGACGGAGGGUAAUAGGCCAUGUCGGGACAGUGGGACACGGGUGUGGGGCUGGGUGGGGGUCGGUUGAAGCGGUAGAAAGGGUGGAGCUGGCGAUUCUCUGACGAAUGUUGAGGUGGAGCAGAUGAGGAAGAAGAGGAAGGACGUAAACGGCUCCUGUCAAGUUCAAAAGGAUCUCGACGCCGCAGAUGUUUAGGAUCGCCCUCUGGUGUCCACAUACGGUUCUGCACGAAAGACUGCCUGCUCCUGUCAUGCAACUGAAGCCCACCACCUCUCUCUAUCGCUGUUCCUGUUUGGUUGGAAAAGCUUAAACCCGGGUCAUACCUCCAGUUAUCAAAGCAAUCCUCCCUCAGUGUCUCUCUCGCUCCCCUCGUCAAGUGUUCGUCCCAGGGGCGAGGAGGACAAGCUUGCCCCCCCCGCUGUGUGGCGGAGGGAGGAUCAAACAUGUGGUGGGGCGACGACGCACCAGAUGGCAGGAUGUCCAUUUGAAAACUGGAGGAGGCGGG